AAAAACUAAAAAUAAUUUGGUUAGUUAGAACGUGUGGCCGGUUUGACUUAGAGAACAAAGUCAAAAAAUCAAAUUUCCAUUUUAUUUUUUCUCCGAAUCAACACGUUUUCUCUCCACCGGAGUUUUUUUCAAUACGGAGGAGGGGAGCUACUUUUCGCCUUUCAUGACUGAGCCAUAUCAACCUGGAGGACCUCAAUUCAAAAGCUUAUUUCCUCGUUAUCAUUAAUUAAUCAGUAACCCAGAACGAUCAAAACGAUUUGAUCCAUGCCCGGCUUCUCCUAAAAGUCUACUUGUUCAGUCCUCAUUUCUCAUGGCAGUAAUUAGCAGAUAUGACUAAACCCGGCGGCUUUCUUCAAAGUCUCAUAAAACCCUUCAUCCCAAAGUCCGAUAAAGGUUAGAUUUUUAUUUUUUUUCACAUUCGUUUUUCGAAAUUUGAUGCGAUUUACUCUGGGGUUUUAAAUGUUUUUAAGUUAGCUAUGUUUUGGGUUUUGUUCCUCAAUUGGUUGUUUUUUUUUUAAUAUUUCUUGGGUGAUUAAACUAAAGAUAAAAAAGAAGACGAUUUGGAGAAAAUCGCAGCCCAAGAACAAAAGCAGUUCCAAUUUCAAACUCUUGCUGCUGCAACCCAGAAUUUCCAUCAGAGUAAUAAGCUUGGCGAGGGGGGUUUUGGCCCGGUUUACAAGGGAAGAUUGGAUAAUGGGAAGCUCAUAGCUGUGAAGAAACUGUCACAGACCUCGCGGCAGGGGAAGAAAGAAUUUAUGAAUGAGGCCAAGUUGUUGGCGCGAGUGCAGCACAGAAAUGUGGUGACUUUGUUAGGAUAUUGUGCUCAUGGCUCUGAGAAAUUGCUGGUUUAUGAGUUUGUGCCUAAUGAGAGCCUUGACAAGCUGCUUUUUAGUAAGUUCUGUGAUUACCUUUCCAUGGUAGUUUAUAUCUGGUAUGUUUUAGGCUUUUACCUAUAGCACUGCGUUAGGUUUUGCGAGGUUAUCAUGGAACUUAGAAUCUUGAAGAAGAAUACUAUUGUACAAAUAAAGUUUGGGUAGAAUGUUUCUUGGAGUAACUAACCAAGACAUUUUCUUAUAGUAUACAUCUAGGUGCAGAUUUCAUCUAACUUGAAGCUACACCAUGGGAAUAUUAUUAGAUUAGAGAACACUUGAAGUAGAAAAGUUAUGGGGAUGUCUGAUUCUAGGCAGGUUAAUGAAUAUACAGGUACUACUGAAUUUCAAUAUUUCAAACUGGAUAAGCUGUUUAAGGUGGACAAUUUUCAUGUGAUUAGAUGCCCUCAUCAGAGUGCUAUGUAAUUUGAGCUUAAGUAAAUGAGGAAUAUGUAGAAUAAAUAUCAAUAUAAACGGUCGUCAUUGCUAGUAUUUUGCAUAAAGAUUACAUGCUCAGGAUAAUGUAUUCAUGUGUGUUUCAGAUGGUUUUUUGAUGAUUGAAAAUUACAGUUCUCUUUUACAUGGGUGGCUAUGAUAGGAUAAGUUGAAGGCAUUGUAAGAGCAACAAUUGUAUACUUGGUAACAUCCCUACAUUGAAACAAAAGGAUUCAGUUAUUAUCUAGUAUUAUCUGUGACAAGUCAGCCAUCAGAAUGGCCUAAGAGGAAUGCAUAUUUCCACAGAAUCGAAAACCUUGAACACAUGCUGGAUUUUUCUGUUAUUUCAGAUUAAAUAGUAUCAACUAUUUUGCCCUGAAUGCAGAGGUGGCUUUUUAAAAACUGAAUGGCUCCAUAUGGCUCUAUAUGACCCUUAAUUAUUUGUGUUUUCUGAUGGCAAGUAGAAUCAAUCUUGAAAUUUAACCAUGUAGUCAAGGCCGCGAGCAUCACAAUGUCCUUUUACUCAAGCUCGUAACCAGCUCAUGCUACUCUAAUCACUCCUAUUCUCUUCCAAGGACCGGGUGCUGUAGACACUUCUUUGGUGCUAGCUGAAGGAGAUCAUCUUAAAUUUGUUUUGGCGCUAUUAAAAAUAGGGAUAUACUGAUUAUUAACAAUCUAAUUAUCAAUUUAUGAUAAAGUGUUUUUAUAUCUUCACCUUUGAAUGAGUAACUACUUUUAAUAGUAUGUGGAACCAGGACCUCUCAACUAUGGUAACUAUGUUAUCUUACUUAUCUUGUCAUGGCAAUGGUGCUUCUCAUGCAGAGUCUAGUAGGCGAGAAGAACUAGAUUGGAACAAGAGGCAUGACAUCAUGAUGGGAGUGGCUAAAGGUCUAUUAUACCUCCAUGAAGAUUCACACAGUUGCAUCAUACAUCGUGACAUCAAAGCCAGCAAUAUCCUACUUGAUGAUAAAUGGAUGCCCAAAAUAGCUGAUUUUGGCUUGGCCCGGUUAUUUGAAGAAAAUGAAACGCAUGUUAACACUCGUGCAGCUGGCACUAACGGCUACAUGGCCCCAGAGUACGUCUUGCACGGAAAUCUUUCUACAAGGGCAGAUGUCUAUAGUUUUGGAGUUUUAGUCCUGGAACUAAUUAGUGGUCAGAAGAAUUCAUCCUUCAACCGAGAUCCUGAGUUCACAAGCCUUCUCGAAUGGGCAUACAAACUAUACAAGAAAGGGAAGAGCUUGGAGAUUAUGGAUCCGUUGCUACCACCAUCUGCAGAUCUUGACCAAAUAGCAGUGUGCAUACAGAUUGGAUUGCUUUGCGCACAGGCUGAUCCACAUUUAAGGCCUGAUAUGCAACGUGUGGUUGUCAUGUUGGCAAAAAAGCCAGGCAAUCUAGAAGAGCCAACAAGACCAGGAUACUUAGGUUCACGGUAUAGGAGACCUCACAGGCGUCAUGCUGCAUCUUCUGAAACUUCCGGUAAUUCCAAUUCUCGUACAUUUAGCUCCUCGACCAAAACAAACAGCGUCACAGCCACAACGACAACAUCACUUCGAAUGAUAAUUAAAGAUCCAAAGGGGAAACGUCCUAUGCAAGACUACACGAAUCCGUAGAAUAAUUUUACUCAUUCUUUUGUGUAAUAAUAGGUGAUAUUUGAUUGUUUUUUCCACAGUAUUCCUUCACAAGAAACUUAUGACAACGUAGAAAGGGAGUUGUGUUAUGUAAAUUAGAUAAUAGAAACACAAGCAUAUGUAUACAGGGGGGUGAAGAGAUCAAUUGAGUGGUGAUACGUGCAGGGAAAAUUUAACAAAGAAAUUUACAGGAAUGAGGUAGCUAAAUUUUAACUAUUCUUUAACCUUUAAAUGAUAUGAAUGGUUGUAACUCAUUUUUUGUUAAUUUUUUUUUUUUGUAAAACUUCCCUGCACGAAUCAUUAUCCAAAUUAAUUUAGAGUAUGUUUUCGCUAGAAGAGAGGAAAGGUUUGGAGUUGAUUGUUUUUUGACUAAUUAUAUGUAACAUAGCUUGUGAUUGCUCAUUACUGUUAGCUUUGUCAUUAUUGUAAAUGAUUAUUGUUACGAAACAUGUUGCGAAGUGCUGUUUGUUGAAAGUGGGAGAUAUGUAUGAAUUCAGCUGCUAAAAAUUCAGACAAAUGUGUAUGAAACUCACUUCUCACAAACUAAAAUUUGCACCAAUCUAAUACUAUUCAAUGC